AUGGAUACCUGGGGCAACGUGAAGAUUCCUAUGAUGGAAAGCUUGAACACCAGCUCCACCAGCGAUGGCUGGCACGCGGUCGAUGCAAAUAGUUCUGUCUAUUCUUCCUUGAUUGGUAUCCCUGUCUCGGCCGUAGCGGAUCGAGCGAAUACCACUUUCAGCCUGGAGACUUCGUACUGGGCCCUUGACUGUCCGCGUUUAGAGGAGUACGGCAACGACACGAGAGAUACGGAUAACUAUGAUUGGAUCGAAGCACAAGACUACUCAUGGGCACUAAAGACAGAACGCAUCGCCGACAACUCUUCGCGAUACCUGGCGCUCACAUCAAACACGAACGAUCCACCACCUCGAAACUGGGUGUACUUCAGUUAUGACGAUACCGACAACGCCCGUAUGAGCUAUGCCGAGUGCACGAUGCGCACCCGCCAUGUUGAGGUUCAAGUCCAUUGCAAAGGCAGGAGCUGCGAAGUGGUGCGAAUGCGCGACUCGACGUUGCCACAUCUGCCGUCCGGUUGGACUUUCCUCGAUGAUUCUCAUCAGAACACAUAUAUAUUCACUCUAAACCUUCAACAAGCCGUUAUGGCGAACAUGUUUACACCAUCUGCAGUUCAGCGAUAUUUCACCAACCCUGGAUCUCCGUUCAACACCACGGCCAAGAUGCCGCGGCUAUACACUGUCGGGCCGAAGUCUUUUGCUAUAAGCUUUGCCCAGUUGCUGAACACUUUCUGGUUAGCGGGCAUCGGAGCUUUCGUCGUUCCCGGUGGCAUACCACAUUCAGACAGCAAUCUUGGGAACGGCACCAAUGUGUUGCAAGCCACCAACGCUGUCAUGUCCGAAAGCGAAGAGAUCUUAGUCUGCGACAAGAGAUGGCUCGCAACGUUGCUCGUAUCCACUUCAGCAAUGUUCAUCGCUGGAGUUGUCGGACUGGCGCUGGGGUUCGUGCGUCGUGGACCUGAUCUUGCGAUGGACAUUGCGACAAUGACACGAGAUAAUCCGUACAUGAACCUGCCGCAGGGCGGCUCGGCGCUUGACUGCGCCGAACGCUCGAGAUUGUUGAGGAAUAUUAGAGUGCGCUUUGGCGACGUGACGCCGCAUGGAGAAGUGGGAUAUGCUGCGAUAGGAUCUUUGGUAGAUGAAAAAGAGGUGGACAUACUCAAGGAGGAGAGACUUUACGCUUAG